AUGGAAGAGAACAGAGCAGAUUAUAUAUCUAUUGUUGCAGGAUAUGGAUCAGUUUCACCUAGAACCACCUGGGGAAAGUUAGUCACCAUCAUCUAUGCACUGAUAGGCAUCCCACUGAUGCUGCUGUAUCUCUCUGCUACAGGAGAUAUCUUGGCUCGAAGCUUCCGAAGGCUAUAUGGCAAAAUGUGUGGUGUGUCUCCUAAACAGCUGCAGUGUCCCUGUUCGAAUACAGUUAGAGUUCCAGUUACGUUGUGUUUAGUCAUAGUCUUAGCCUAUAUUUGUUCAGGAGCAGUUUUGUUUCAUCGAUUGGAAAAUUGGUCUUUAUUGGAAGGUAGUUACUUUUGUUUCACAAGUCUGGGAACGAUAGGAUUUGGUGACCUCUUACCAGGCCAAAAAGCGGAAGAAAUCUCUCUUUGUGCAUGCUCUGCCUACAUCCUAACAGGAAUGGCGCUAGUAGCGAUGUGUUUUAGCCUCGUUCAAGAUGAAGUCCUAAGCCUAUUACGAUACCUAGGAGCUAGCUGCUCAAAAAACGAGUUGAAAUUAAAAGAAGAAGAAGCUUCUUGACAAAGACCUACAACGGAGGGCGCUGCACCUGUUAAGACUAUUCCAGUAAGAAAAGCACCCACAGCUUUACACCACAAUAGUUUACCUAGGAAGAACCAUUUUCAAAGGAAUACUCCCGGAAGGAGAUCAGCUGGUAUGGGAGCUGAGCCUUUGAUAGAAUAUUUCGUUCCCAGAAGUAUUAGCGAAUUCGAUCUGUCAGUUGCAGCAGAAGACACGCCCAUCAGUAGCACCUUCCUUCCUCUCACCGUUCGAGUACCGCGAAAAAUGUUCCCGAAGCAAAAAGAAAAAGUAGUAACGUUCGAGGACGAAAUGGCAUCUCGUCUGUGCAAAAACCCCGAUCUUCAGGACGUCUUCAUGUGACACAAAGGAUAACAAUUAGAAAUUGGGGGUGGAGGUUCGAAGUCCAGUGAUUCUGGUGGUGAAUACAUCACCAAAUUAAGUGACUUAGCGGGGAAAACUAGCGAAUUGAGUGAACUAAGUGCUGCUUUAAGCGACUUUAGCAAUGCCAAAAAGGAUAUAAAAUCGUUUAAAAAUUUCAAGAUAUGCGAGGACUUGAAAAAGUGUGAGGAAGGUUGUUCUUGUAAUGCCGAAGCUGAUUGUGACAUUUGUAAAGUGUUAGACUUCACUAUGAAAAAGGACAAGUUAUAGUCUUUGAUAAAGUGAUUAUUAAAAUUUAUACGAUUUUGAAUAUUUUGUAUAUAAUGCAAUAUCUAAUAAAUCGAAUCGACUAGCUGAACAAACAGGAUGCUAAAGAAUGAAUGGCUCGAUUUUUUUUUACAAUUUUUUUACUUAUAUGUACAACAAUAGUUUUCUAUUCUUUAAAUACGCCAAUGAGAGCAAAAACAGGAUAUUACCUCCGAGUUGUAUCCUCCUGCAUGAAUUUUAAUGAAAUUUUGGGAACAGCCUCUACUUAUCUCCUAAGUCAAAGUCUACCCUAUGCCUAUGUGCGCUUUUAUCUUGGGGGUGGUUCCCAUCCCUUCUCGGGGGUGGAAAUUUUUUUAUCACAAUAACCACGGAAGUGGCUAGAGAACCUUCUUCUUCUUCUUGUGCCACUCCUGUCGAAGAUUGGAAAUCAUCAAGGCUACCCUGACCUUGUUUACAGCUGACCUAAAAAGUUUAUUAGUGGUGCAGCCAAACCACUCCCUCAAAUUCCGCAACCAUGACAUUCUUCUACGGUCUGGACUCCGUUUUCCUUCUAUUUUUCCUUGCAUUAUAUUUUGAAGUAAUGCGUAUUUGUGACCUCUCAUCAGGUGACCCAAAUAUUCGAGUUUUCUUCCUUUUGUCGUUAACAAAAUUUCUGGGCCUCUUCCUAUCCUUCGUAUUACUUCAAGGUUUGUGAUUCUUUCAACCCAACUUAUCUUCAGCAUUCGACGGUAGCACCACAUCUCGAAACUUUCAAUAUUUUUUAUGUUGUUCUGUUUGAGAGUCCAGGCCUCUACACCGUAUAAUAGCGUGUUAAAUACGUAGCCUCUUAGCAUUCUUAAUCGUAAAGGGAUGCUUAUAUCUCUGUUGCAGGAAAAUUUUCUCAUCUUUAUGAAGGUGGCCCUGGCAAUUUCGAUACGUCUUUUUAUUUCAUUGUUUUGGUCUCCAGUUUCGUUUAUUAAAGUUCCCAAGUAUUUGUAACUUGAUACUUUUUCAAUUUGAAUGCCGGUUAUACUAAUAUGUGCUGGUUCCCACAUAACAAUGAUGUUCGUAUCAUGUUCUAAGCAUAUCCUACCAACAUUCGUCGAAGUAUAUCCUUUUUAGUAAAUGCGUAGUACAAGCAUAGCAUGUACCAUAAAAAACAUUCUAAAUUUCAUGUUCUUUGCAUGUGCUUCAAAGAAUAUUCUUGCACCGAAUAUACUGAGCACAUUCGUGUACCUAGUAUCUCGGAUUGUUCGUAAAAGUUUAUUCUUAGAAUAUACCUUAAUCGAAUAUUCUUAGUAUAUGCGUAAGUAUAUGCAAAAGUAUAUGCUUAACACAUACUGGUAUAUACUUUUAAAAUAUCUUAAAAAGAAUAUACUGCAUGUACCUAUAGGAAGAAGAAUAAUGUUAGCCUAUAGGUUAUCAACUUAGUUAAGAAUAAUUAAUAAAGUUAUUAAUUAAGGUAUUUUGGUAGGUACUA